AUGGGGGCAGGGCUUCUUGGGUGUAGUAGGGCUACUCUGAAGAGUUCGACCCCAUCAGUCUUGCUCAGACGGUGCGGGGGGCGAAAUCUUGCGACUGCCACUUCGAACACUUCGUCCUACAAGCCAGACAUCGCAUCUCGAACUCCGCCAUAUCCCAAGCUUCUUAAGAGACUCCACGAGGUUCGGCGAGUAUUGGGAUCCUCAAGACGACUUACAUUGGCGGAAAAGAUUCUGUAUUCACAUCUUGACAACCCGGAGGAAGCACUCCUUUCGAAUACCGACAAUGGACGUAAUAUCAGAGGAAAUGCGAAUCUGAAGCUCAAACCGGAUAGGGUUGCCAUGCAAGAUGCCUCUGCUCAAAUGGCACUUCUUCAAUUCAUGACAUGCAAUUUGCCAUCGACUGCGGUGCCAGCGAGCAUACAUUGCGACCACAUGAUUGUUGGAGAGAGAGGAGCAGAUGUUGAUCUCCCAGAAUCGAUCAAAGGCAACAAGGAAGUUUUUGAUUUUUUGGAGUCCGCAGCAAAGAAAUAUGGAAUUGAAUUCUGGCCACCAGGAGCAGGCAUUAUCCACCAGACGGUAUUGGAGAAUUACGCUGCGCCUGGAUUAAUGAUGCUGGGCACGGACAGUCACACACCAAACGCAGGAGGAUUAGGAGCUAUAGCAAUUGGUGUGGGAGGAGCCGAUGCAGUUGAUGCUCUUGUUGAUGCGCCAUGGGAGCUUAAAGCCCCGAAAAUUCUCGGAGUCCGACUCGAGGGUCAACUGAGUGGUUGGACUUCUCCAAAAGAUGUUAUUCUUGCCCUCGCAGGUAAACUAACUGUUCGAGGCGGAACUGGCUUUAUCAUCGAAUAUCAUGGUCCUGGAGUCGACUCUUUGAGCUGCACCGGAAUGGCUACUAUCUGCAAUAUGGGUGCCGAGGUAGGCGCCACUACAUCUCUCUUCCCAUUCUCGACUCGCCAUAUUCCAUAUCUAGAAUCGACUCACCGAUCUUCAAUUGCUUUGCAAGCUCAAACCAUUGCCUCGUCGCCGUCUCUGAACAAUCUUCUACGAUCUGAUGAUGGUGCAGAGUACGACGAACUCAUCACGAUUGAUCUCUCCACUCUUGAACCCCAUAUCAAUGGACCAUUUACACCUGAUCUAUCUACCCCGCUUUCAAAAUUCUCCAAAGCUGUCAAGGAAAAUAACUGGCCAGAAUCGGUCUCAGCUGGUUUGAUUGGUAGCUGCACCAACAGCUCAUACCAAGAUAUGGCUCGUGCAGAGGACCUUGUCAAGCAAGCCUCAGCUGCUGGUCUGAAGCCGGCUGUCGACUUUUUUGUAACCCCCGGUAGUGAGCAAAUCCGGGCUACCCUCGAGCGAGAUUCAACUUUAUCUACUUUUGAAGAAGCUGGUGGGGUCGUCCUUGCAAAUGCGUGUGGACCAUGCAUCGGACAAUGGAAGCGAACCGACGGAGUCUCGAAAGGCGAUUCGAAUGCAAUUUUCACAUCUUACAACCGCAACUUCCGAGGACGAAACGAUGGCAAUCCAGAUACUAUGAACUUCCUUGCGUCUCCAGAGAUCGUCACAGCGAUGGCCUACGCAGGAAGUACAACCUUCAACCCUUUAACAGAUAGUAUCAUCACCCCCUCUGGCGCCGAAUUCCGCUUUUCGCCUCCCUCUGGUGCUGAACUCCCUGCGUCCGGUUUCGAAGAAGGAAACCCUGCCUUCCUCCCGUCAUCUGCAGCCCCAUCCCCUUCAACCAAAGUUGUCGUUUCGCCCACGUCCGACCGCCUAGCCCUCCUGGAGCCUUUCGCCCCCUUCCCGGACCACGAUCUUAAGGGUCUUCGCGUCCUCUACAAAGUAACUGGCAAAUGCACCACUGACACCAUCUCUGCUGCCGGACCCUGGCUCAAAUACAAAGGCCACCUCCCCAAUAUCAGUGCCAACACGCUCAUCGGUGCCGUGAACGCCGCGACGGGUGAGACGAACGUAGCAUACGAUGUCGAUGGCAGCAAAUCCGGUAUCCCUGAAUUGGCGCAGAAAUGGAAAGACCAAGGAUUGGAAUGGCUUGUUGUGGCAGAAGAUAACUACGGCGAAGGGUCAGCGCGCGAACACGCUGCCCUCCAACCGCGUUAUCUCGGUGGCCGAGUCAUCUUGGCGAAAUCAUUCGCCAGAAUCCACGAAACGAAUCUCAAGAAACAGGGUGUAGUACCAUUGACAUUUGCGAAUGGAGAGGAUUACUCGAAGAUUGAUGCGUGUGAUGAGGUUACCACAGUGGGAUUGUACGAUAUGUUGAAGAAUGGCGGAAAGGGGGAGGUUGAACUACUGGUUAAGAAACACGGGAGUGGGGAGGAGAUUGUUAUCAAGACGAAGCAUACGUUGAGCGAGGACCAGUCUGGGUUUAUUCUGGCGGGAAGCGCGUUGAAUUUGUUAGCUAAGGCGAAGAGAGCUUAG